AUGGCGCCUCCAAGCAUCACAUCGGCCUUCAGCAGUACGACGGCCAGCGUUUCGACGCCUGCGGCCUCCUGCGCUCUUUCGGCAGCUUCUAGCGGCACGUCGACGACCAUGGCAUCCGUCACGACGGGUCUGGCGGCUCAGGCGGUGACCCACGCGGUCUCGGGUGGCGCCGCAGUGCUCAUGCUACGCCCAACGCCCUCGGUGCCUUCGAUCAGUGCGCUGCAAACGGCUUCGGCCACUGCACAGAGCGCACCAGUGACCAGCACCAUCGCUGGACUGCUGCAUGCUGUUGAAGUGUCACGCUACCGGACGGAGCCGAGCCAGUGUCUGCCGUAUGAGCCGUGUCUCACUCCAUGGUAUCGGCUCACGCCUCCAGGGCAAGUCGUCGUACCAGCCACGCUUGACGAUGUCCGCGAUGGCGCACCCAUGGCAGGCGCUCCGGAUGGUUUGAGCCGUCUGGUGAACCUCGAGGCAAGGUCGCUCAGGACGGUGCAAUGUCUCCAACUCACGGUGCGCUUCCUCCAAGGUCUCGAGCAGAGCGUGGGCAAUACUUCAGCUUCAGGAGCAGCUGGGUUUACGGUGAGAAGCCACAGCUUCGCUCAGGCUCUGAGAAGUCAGAGCGAGGCUCACCAAGCUGAGCUCCAGCGCCUUCAGAGCAAUCACGCUGUAGCACUUCAAAGGGCUGCUGUUGGAGCAUCUAGCGGUCAGGUCACGAACACCACGGCUGCUGCGGAGAUCCAAAAGCUCCAAGAAGACCUCGAACGAGCGAACAAGUUGGGCGCCCAAUUUACCGCAGAGAAGCUUGAUGCAGAUGAUGCCGUCGGCGAGGCUACACGGAAGAUCACUUCGCUCGAGUCAGAGCUCACCGUGGCUCAGAAGCGCCUUCAAAGGCAACUGGCGACGCUUUCUCGAGUUGUUGCAGCUGAUUCUGAUCCGUACACGACCCAAGCUGCUCAACCCAGUACGGCUUCGGCGCCAGCCUCUUCGCCUCCGGGAUCCGCUCAAGCGACCACGACUCCGACCAGCUCGUCUCUGCCGGCCACCCCUUUGCGCACACCGCCAAUGCUCAGCCUGGGCAGGUCAACUUCCGCGGGGUCCAGUAAAAUCCGAUGUAAAGCGCUCAAGUCGCUGCCUCUGGCUAAGGCCUUGGCCCCGAGCAGUUCGAAGAAGGCUGGGGGACUGAUGGUCCAGACGAGCACUGCGCUCAGCUCAUCAGCCGCGCCGGAGACUCGAAUUGCGCUGCCACACCGCCCGACCAAGUUUAAGCCUGAGCGCAAGAACGCCAAGAAGGAAUCUCCCAGCGCUCGUUCGGACCUGGACGCAGCAAAGGCUGUGCCAAACCAGUUCAGCUGGGAUGGUACUCGCCCAGACGUCCAAGAGUUCAUGUUGGCUGGCGUGGCGUUCUGGGAUGCAGUGGAUGAAGUCCAGAAGGACCAGAUGCUCCAUGACCAGUUCGGCAAGAAGAACUUGAUCUACAUGUUGACCUCAGCGAUGUGCUCGGAGGCUCUGGACGGCACUCCGUGGAUGCAGUAUGUCCCCGACAAGUACUUCGAUGCAGCUGCGACCAGACUCCAGGCUCCCGGCCUGACAAGAAUCCCAGUGCCCUGGCGGACCCUGCCCAAGAAACCAAGCGCAAGCGACGAUGGCUCGGAUUCCUCGUUCAUGUCUGUGCUGUCCUCAGAGGACACUGAUGGCAGCGACGGCGACCAGAGUUACCACGGGUCGAAGGCCAAGGCUCCCAGCUAUAUCAGCACCAGACCUCAGAGUUCCCCAGCAGACAAGAAGCGACAGCGGAGUUCGACGUCUUCUGGGGGCAGCUCAGUGACCAAGCGCCAGCGCUCAGCCUCAGGGACCUCCGUGACCUCAGCUGACCCUGAGCGAGACGAAGCUGAGACUCCUGAGGAAGGUAUCGACAAUGGCAUCAUCGAGGCUCCCAAGAAAGGAAGCUGGUUUCACAACGGCAUCCGAGUCCAGAAGCUGCACCACCAGACGAUUGGUUUCCCAGCUUACAUGCCAUCCAAGACUGGGAUCGAGCAGCUCCACAAGCGCAUCGAGUACGCGUAUUAUCUGGAGCUGCUCAGAUCGGACCCCUGGGACGACAUGUGGGAUGGCCGAGUUGACUGCCUCGUCUACCACACGUAUGCAGAACUCACUCCUGAGAUGUGCGAAGCGAUCGUCGUAAUUGCUGGGUUUAUGAGUGCUUGGCGUCAAGCGUAUUGGGAGCGACUCCACUGGCAUCCGUUCCCGUCCAAGAUCGACUACGUUCAGCUCGCCAAGGAAAUGGGCCUGCCUGAGCUGGCCACCGUUUACCGAGUGCGCAAGGACCGCGCCCAAGAGUUUGAGCUUCGUCGUAGGGACUUGAUCGACCAGAUCAGGGGCGUCAAGGGUUACUCGGAUCGGAUCUGGUUCGAGACCGGACUCUGGGCUGUGCCCAAGGAUCCGUGCCACUGGAUUCUCCGAGACCCAGAUCUCAAGAUCUCGCUGGCCGACCAACUUUUCACCCUGGACGACCAAGUACCAGUUCGCACGCAAUGGGCCACCCGCCGCUCGGACAAGCAGUUCGAAGUGAUCGUCCCGCCUGAGCUCAAGCUCAAGAGCAGAGCUGAACGAGAGGCGAACCCAAUUAUCCCAGCACCGGAGUACAACCACGACACGAUUGCUGAGGUGUUUCGCGCUCUGGAAACCGUGCAAGACGAGGCGACUGGGGAAGCGUAG